AAUGACUGCUAUUUCCGUAUCGCGAGAGAGAGAGCAGGAAGACGUACCUAGAGCUGUUUGUUUAUUUUCGUUUCUGCCUAGCAUAGCCUAGGCCUAGAUGUUCAAUCCACAUUACCAAUUUUUUGAUGUAAUUUUUAUCGAACUGUAAUCAUGAGUUUGAAAAAUGACGAGCAGUUCUAUCAGCUCUGGCUGUUAUUCAAACAGAAGCAUGAUGUAGAAUACUUAAAGGGGUACCUGAAACAUCUAGUAAAUCACUUUGAGAAUUCUAUUGACCUGCAGUUCAAACACAUUCAGGAAGGAUGCCAACUAGAUAGUAUUUCUAUGACAGCAUUACCAAGUAACUUUCUUCAAGUAAUAAGGGAAAAACUGGAACAGAGCCAAAUAUUGCUAGCAGAGGACUUUCAGCCAGAUGCAGUACAGUUUGUUCUAGAUAUGGUCAAAGUUUUAAUUAUAUUAUGCAGAAAUCAUGAAAAUAUAGCUCUCAUUGCCUCUUGUGAAUUUUUGCGCCAGAUUAUUCCGAUAGCAUCUACUGUUCUGAAAAAGAUUCAGGAUGUUGAUUGUGAUUCAUCUAAAGAAAGCUAUUUGGAUUUUAUUAAUCAUACUCUCCAUCUUGGUGAAUGCAUGUACGAUCCCUUUCACACGUGGAGGAAGGCUCUUGUAGGACACAAAAUGGAUCCAAGACAACUGCAUAACCAACCUGGAUUCCUGUCUGUAGAAUUUGUACCAUUUUUCUAUGAUUGCUUUCAGGGAGAAAUCAAUCAACUUCCAGAGGAAAUUGAAGCUCAUCUCUUUCAUUUAUUUGGGGCAAUACUUUCGGGUAGCACAGAAAAUGCUCUUAAGGUGGUAUCACCUGCAACCGUAGACCUUAUCUUUCAUCUAUUGUUACCUGAGAAAUGCUUGCCAGGUGGUAACAACCUGGUCCUAGGGGAGGAGCCAUCUCUCUGCGACCUGGUCUUAAAGUGCAUUGUCUUAAUGGUCCAGGUAAUUCAUACCUGUUCACCUGAGGAGAGGCAAGUAGAUAUAAUGGAGAUUCUUGGCGACCUGAUGAAGGCACUUCAUAAUAGCAAAGACAAGCCUGACUUACAAUUGAAAAUACUUCGAACCAUUCCACUUAUUAUGCUUGGCAGAGAUAAGACAGACCUGCAAGAUUCAUUCAUUAAGCUAGAUAUUUUUAAUGAGCUGUUGACAGUUCUUAACAAUGCAGCAGAAAAGAACAGUAAUAAAUUGACAGUUGCGUAUCUAACUGUCCGCACAUUGGCAUCUCUUUUUAUGCAAUCGACUGGUGCCAAAGACACUUUUAAAGAGACGGUUGGUUACGAACAACUAGGAGCUGUUCUCCAACGGUUAGGACAACCAUCUAAAGAGCUACUUAAUUCUUUGUUUAAUAUGCUUGUGGAUGAUGAUUUUGUUGUCGAGAAGGAUCAGAUUAUCCGAAACACCGGGCCUAUAUCCAUAAUGAUCAGGUGGUUGCCAGAAUUCAAGUCACAUGACAUACAGCUUGAGGUGUGUCGCAAUUUAUCCAAAUGCUGCACUUGGUGCAAUCACAACCGCUUACAGUGUUGUUCAAAUCAUAUUAUUGGAUCUAUAUUAGAUGCCUUAGAGAAACGUAAACACCUUGAUCCAAAAGCAGAAGACAAGUUAAUUCAACUGCUACAAUCUCUUGGGUCAUGUAGCAUCACGUCUUCCGAAUUGAAACGAUUAAUUGCUUUGAUUCGGGGAGAAGAUGACAAGCAACUCUCGCCAAAAUGCAUGCGCUUGAUGCACAGUAUGUCGGUGAUGGCGAGGAAGGGAGGCAAGCUAGGGGCUCAUCACUACUUUGACUUUGAAGAUGGGCAUGCAGGUAUAACAGUAUCUGCAAUCCACAAAUGGCCAGGACAUGCAUUCUCAUUCCACACUUGGCUGUGUCUAGACCAAAGCCUAUCAGCAGAUGAACCAAAAAUGGUGCAAAUAUAUCGUAGACAGUUAUACAGUUUUUAUACGUCAAGUGGAAUGGGAUUUGAAGCAUUUUUUAAUGUGGAUGGCAUUCUGACCGUUGCUAUAUGUACUCGCAGGGAAUAUUACGCGAAGGAUAUUGUUGAGUGCACCCUUACUGACAACCAAUGGCAUUCUCUUGACAUUGUCCACGCUGCAUCCAGAAGACCAUUUGUUCAAAGUCAGCUGUCCGUUUACAUCGAUGGUUUGUUGAGACACACAUCACAACUAAAAUUUCCCGCCCUUAAUGAGCCCUUUACAAAGUGUACUAUUGGUCCUAACACCUAUCAACCUUCCACCACUGUCCAGACAGUUGAAGGAAAGCCAUCAAAUUCGCUUAAACAAAUAGGGAAAAAAAUUACAAAUCGUUUACCUCGACGCGAAUCAAAUCCAAUAGACCCAUCAACAAUGACAAUUCCAGUGGGAGCGCAAGAAGAUAUAAUGGGUGAAUCCGUCAGCUUACAUGGACUCAUGGGCAGUGUCUGUAUCUUUCAUGAUGCCCUUCAUCCAAAGGAGAUUAAAAAGUUGUAUGCAGAUGGUCCAAAUAAUGUGACAUUGUUUCAACGCGAGGACAAUGAUUUGUCAGAAUUGCCGGGCAAGAUGCUGCUGUACUAUGAUGCAAAAGCUUGCAGAAAUGGAAUCUGUUCAGACUUGGCACCAAACCAUCUGUAUCAAGGCCGGUUGAAUGGUCACUGCUGCGCCACUUGGGAUCUGAAGGAAGUGAUCAACUGUAUCGGUGGCAUUGAAGUCUUGUUCCCGAUUUUGGAGCUGACAACAUCAGAAGACAACAGUUUACUUGAACCAAUGACACCUCUUACUCCUGAAAGACUGAUAAGUGCUGAUGGUUGGGAGGUAAUUCCAUCCAGUAGUGAAUCAGAUGCUGCUUUGGAACAGAAUCAGGUGGCUUGCUUUUUAACUCUUAUCAAGAACAUUUGCUUCAGUCAUCCCAUUAACCAAGAACUGCUCCACAAAUGUCAGGGCAUCCCAACAAUAGGGAUGCUUCUACAAAAGCUGGAUGCACAUCUUAUUGAUGUACAUGUGCUUAUGGCUGUACAGACAUUCCUGGAGUCUGUUGUUGGUAACACAGUUUUGACCAAAAAUACCUACCAGUAUCUUCUGUUUGACUUCAGAAUAUGGAGUAAAAGUGACUUCACAGUCAGGAUUGCUCAUAUCCAGUACUUGGCCACAGUGAUUAAAGAUCAUCAGAAAUACUUCCAUCAAAAAUUUGGUGUCACUUUCAUAUUAGAUGUCAUCAGAACGUACUACAGUGACUUUGGUCCAGAAGAAAUUUCGAGAGAAGAUUCAAAGACUAUACGAGCUGCCCUCUUCGGUGUGAUAAGGUAUUAUUUGUCAAAAAGCAUUUCUAAAGAUGAAGUGAAGUCAAUUUUAGCUUUUACUGCUACAGCUCCCUCUGAAAAACUGAAAAAAGAAGCGAUUGAUAUGCUGUGUACAUUGCUUGAUAGUUCAGCUGGAGACCAGCUGAUGUUGUUGUUGUUUGAGGAAGGUAUUGGGGAGAUCUUGUAUGCACUACUUAUUGACAAGAACCAUUCAGACUCACUCAGGGUUAAAACUUUUAAGAUAUUGGCUAACUUAUUGAAGACUUCAAAAGUAUACGAGAAGACCAAAACGAGAAUACGACUGAAUGAUGUUGGAUACUCAGGGAUGAUAAUGUUGAUGGAGUCACUUCCAAUGUCAAUGCCUAUUACCAAGAACCUUGUGGAACAAGUUACAGAUGAGAAGCUUACAUGUGCUUCACCAAACUUCAAUGGCCUACUUGCUGUUCUGCUUUUGGUGCAGAGAGGGGAUGUCCUGAUGAAAUUAGAGGCCACCACACAACUCCUUCACAUGCUGUAUACAAACAAGUCAUGUCACUCAGAGAUUGCUACAGAAACAGGUUGGCAAGAUACCAUCACAAAACUGUUCAUUAAAUCUGGUCAAGUUGAGAUUAAUUGUGAAGACAGUGAUGAUGUUGAUCUACUAGAUUUCACCAGCAAUGUUGAGGAAACAACGUCAGACACUAGGUCCCGCAUUUCCAUCGCCAGUGACAGUAUAAGUCUGGAGAAGGCCUCAAUCCAGAGUCGUGAACCGCUGGACUUAGGGUUAAACAGUAACAUUUCUAGUGCUCAUACCUCUGUUCGUGAGCUCUCAGAAAUAUCUUCAACUUCAAGUGAUAACAUUUUCAGCCAGAUUGGAAACCGGUUGGCACUGCCUAAAACUGAACCUGACCAGUUUGGUUCAGAAUAUGUUGAAGUUGGUUCACGUAGUUGCAGCAUCCAGAGUGACGAUGCGCUGCUUGACACAAGAUUAGUUGGCAGGAGGUUGAUUAGACCAGAAUUAACUUUAUCAUUAAUGAGUGAGGAAGAAGAUGAAGAAGAUGAUUCUGAAGAUGAUUCGGAGGUGGAUAAAACAGCUGAGGUUUUAGCAGAUACUAUAACAGAAAUUUUAUUCCAUGUUCUGUGGCAUGGACUUCAAGGCUCCCCAGAGGAGGUUUGGUGUCAACGUGGCCAGGUGUUUGUAUGUAUAAACCAAUUGAUGGACAAGUUUGGACUAAUUCGUCCUGGUAUAGUAAUUAAGCGAAAUCUUAUAGAGAAAAUGUUAGAGGGUGCUAUUAAUAACGCCAAGACUGGAAGCAGAGACAGUGCAAUUGAUUUGGAGAAUGAGAUACGACUUCUGAAACUUGUGCAAGAUUUUUUGUUUGGUGAUGAUGGACAAAACCCAAAUGCAUGGAGUGAAAAGCUGAUUGAAGGUACCAUAGACCUUGUGGACAGCCUUGGUAUCUGGGAAAGGAACGUGGAAGUUGAUGGCUGGACGGAGGUGUCACAGAUCAGUCUCCGCAUCCUUAUGAGCUUCGUGGAUAAAGAUGACAUGGAUAUGUGUGCCAUAGCAGCAGCCAAGCUGCACCAUCUGCUGCAGACUCGUCCAAUACCAUCGACGUUUGAAGUCUGCUUCAUCCUCGGCUCAAUGCACUCUGCUCUCAUGAACUCACUAAAAGCGACUGAAAUCAAGACUUAUGCAUACAUCGUGCCACUCAUCCGAGCCAUGAUUGAGAUUUACUAUCAGCAGCUGAAAAUGUCCUCCUUUCUACCAAACUUACCAACUACUGACACAAGUGCAUCAUACUUUGAAGACUUCCAACAGUAUUGUUUAUCAGAAGAAUGGAAAUUAUACAUAGAGAAACAGGUGACACCAUACAUGGAAGAAUAUUGUACACUUAACUUCAGCUCAGCCACUGCAUACAUGUCCAAAUUUUGGAAGAAGUGUUUUGAUGAGUUGAACAUGUCUAUUCACAAACGAGACCGUGCAAAGGGUGAAAGUAAACUCCUGUUCCAGAAACAUAUUUUACAACCAUUUGAAGAAUUACGAAGGAAGGACUUUAGUCGGUAUACAAGUUUCUUAAACAAGCAACGAAACCAGCAGAUGUCAGUUUUGAAGCAGUGGCGAGCAAGUAAGAGGUUCCUUGUUGGAGAGCGCGGUACUUGGGCUGAAAGGAACCCAGAGGAACUACACUGGAAAUUGUCAAGCCAAGAAAAUUACUCACGAAUAAGAAAUAAACUAACUCAGAAUUAUGCAUUUGAUCAACAUAAGGAAGCCAGCCAAAUGAGAGAUGAAGGCCCACUUCCGGAGCAAGAUGAUACCUUCAAAUUAGCCGCUCUGAAGAAUGCCAUUGUGACAGAUAUUGAUCUACAAGAUGAUCACUUGGGCGAUGAGGAAUGGAUUGGUAUCAAUCCAGAAAAUGCUGAAGAGCAGGGACCAAGUGCUAAGGAGAAGGUAGUAGUAAAGUCUGUAGACUGUUCACUAAUCACUUUAAUGGAAGUAGUCAAUGGUAAGCUAGAAGUGAACACAAACCAUGUCAUCUUCUAUGAUACUUCGCCUGAUAAGGUUGAAGGAGGUGGCCAAGAUUUUAAAUGGGCAAUAUCUCAGCUUCGAGAAAUACACUUAAGGCGUUUUAACCUGAGAAGGAGUGCUAUUGAAAUUUUCUUCAUUGACCAAACUAAUUAUUUCAUUAAUUUCAAAGAUAAGAAGGUAAGAAACAAUGUGUACAGUUGUAUACUUGGUCUGCGUCCUCCAAAUAUUAGCUACUAUGGUGUGAAAUCUCCAAGCGAUCUGCUGAAAGCGUCAAACCUGACUCAGAAAUGGCAACUACGAGAGAUUUCCAACUUUGAUUACCUGAUGCAGCUUAAUACCAUUGCAGGACGGACUUACAAUGACCUCAGCCAAUACCAUGUCUUUCCUUGGGUACUUGCUGAUUAUACCAGUGAAACAUUAGAUCUUUCUAAUCCAAAAGUCUUUCGUGAUCUGUCUAAGCCCAUCGGCGUGGUCAAUCCAAAGAAUAUCCCCGACGUUGAGGAUAAGUAUGAACAUUUUGAGGAUCCCAGUGGAACAAUUGCCAAGUUUCAUUACGGAACUCACUACUCCAAUCCAGCUGGUGUUAUGCACUAUAUGGUGCGCAUGGAACCAUUCACAACUCUUCACAUUCAAUUGCAAAGUGACAAGUUUGAUUGGGCAGAUCGGCAGUUCCAUUCCAUUCCUUCACUCUGGCGGAUAUUGAUGGAUAAUCCUAAUGAUGUCAAGGAACUCAUACCAGAAUUCUUUUACCUACCAGAGUUCUUGGAGAACAGUAAUAAGUUUGACUUGGGUCGCCUUCAGACUGGAGAAGAGGUGAACGAUGUCAUUCUACCUAAGUGGGCUGAUUCAGCUGUGGACUUCAUCUACAAACACAGAGAGGCUCUUGAGAGUGAGUAUGUUUCGGCACACUUACAUGAAUGGAUUGAUCUCAUCUUUGGUUAUAAGCAGAGAGGACCAGCGGCUGUUGAAGCCCUCAACGUCUUCUACUAUUGUUCAUAUGAAGGCGCCGUGGACCUGGAUGCCAUAGACAAUCAAUUUGACCGGCUAGCAUUAGAAGGUAUGAUCAAGAACUUUGGACAGACCCCAUGCCAGCUCUUGCGUGAACCUCAUCCACCUCGAUUUUCUGCAGAAGAAGCUAUAAAGAAGACAUUCAAAACUCAGCAAGCUGUUCUCAAUCUUUUCAAUAAUCUUAGUGAAUUGAAGGCUUUCUUUGUUGAGGCAUCUGCAACAGAUAGUGAGCCACUGGUGUAUGUGAACGUGCCAAGAAGUCAAGCUAGAUCCUUCAUCCAUCAUGGCAUGCCUGAUAACAUUAUAACAGUCAGUGAGCGUGGAAUUAUGGGAGUGCAUGGCUGGCUACCGUAUGACAAAUAUGUUGCAUAUUUCUUUACAUUUGAUCGAGAUCCUUCACUUCUAAAUGCCAGGACAAGAAAGAUGGUUGGUGGUCCAUUUUCUCCUGGAUUUAAGAUUUCUUCAUCGCUGUUUGUCACUAGUCAUGAUUCCAAGCUCCUGUUCACUGGUGGGCAUUGGGACAGUAGCCUACGGGCAGUCAGUGUGUCUAAAGGCAAAUUGGUGACACAUGUCAUACGGCAUAUAGAUAUUGUCACCUGCCUAGCUUUGGAUCACUGUGGUACACACCUGAUUACAGGAUCACGUGACACAACCUGCAUGAUUUGGGAGGUCACAUAUCAGGGAAACAUGGCAAGUGGACUCAACAGCAAGCCAUUGCAAGUUCUGUAUGGUCAUGACGACGAGAUUACUCACGUAGCUAUUAGCACUGAGCUGGACAUGGCAGUAUCAGCAGCCAAGGAUGGUAUUGUGAUUAUCCACACGGUGCGCAAAGGUCAUUACAUUCGCACGCUGCAGCCUCAGUGUAAGGAAGGACUCGGCCUGUACAUCCCAAGGCUUGCCAUCUCGGACGAGGGUCACAUCGUACUCCAUUGCCAGCAGAUAAAAGGAAACAAACCAGUUACGGAAUUAUCUAGCUUGCAUGUGUAUUCAAUAAAUGGAAGGCAUCUCUGGAGUCAAGAAGCUGUUGGCAACAUCACAGACAUGAAGAUUCACAGCAAAUACCUCCUGACUGGUGAUCAGAAAGGAGUCUUCAAAAUUUGGGAUGUAUAUCGCUUGAAGGUGCUUGCAUCCAUUCCUUUGAACGUACCAAUCCAGUGUCUCUCACUGGCUCCAAAGAACAGCCACAUUUUUGUUGGCCUACGUGAUGGCAAGCUCAUCAUUCUUGGUGUCUCCAAUCCCAAUGAGCCAAAGAAACCUACUAAGUCUUGACCAAGUUUUACAGAUCUACUUUUACUUAAAAUGGUGUAUUAAUAAAUAGAUCAUUCAUUAAAUGCCAAAGAACCCUGCUAGCGGUGGCGGAUCCUGGGAUUGCAAAAAAAAGGUGCUAGUCUCCCUGGCAGGAGCCAAAAUAUUACUAAAAAUUAAAGUCAUUUAUAUAAGAGAUUAAAAUGGCUAGAGGUCUAAAGCUUUAACCCCUGGAACAAAAUAGUUCCCCACAGGCUUCCUCUCUUGACUGGUUCUCUUCCCACCCCCCUCCCCACACUCUUUUUCUUUACUUUCUUGAUUGCCAUUUGCACCACCCUGAGAAAAAAAUGUUGGGUCCGCCACUAACCAGAUACAGACAUGGUGUCCACAAUGAAUAGUAGGAUGCUAUAUUUAGACAUAAUACGCACAAUGUCAGCUACACUGGACAAAAUCUUCGUGAAGUUAGUGGUCAAUGAACCAAAGGAUGAAAUUAAAAAUUUAAUUAGCUGGAUACAUGUUUAUACAUAUUAGCAACAUUUUACACAGAUAUAAUAUUAGUAAUAUUUUAUUGAAUCAUGACUGAUUGAUGACCAGGACAAACAACAUUAAACAUUUCACAAUAUAUAGUUUUAAUUCUGUACCUUGAAUAUAAAUGCUGGUAUUGACAGGAAACGAAUAUAUAUUUUUUCAUUGAUCAAAUGUAGAUUUUUGUAACGCAACAGAGGCUUUAUUAACAAAUUAUGAGCAAUUUAUUUUUUGUGUAUUUUGAUGAAUGUGUUUCUACUUAAAAAGUAAAAAGUAAAAGUUUGAAUUGACAAUCUUUUUUUUUCAAAAAAAAAAACCCUUUUUGUUUACCACAAAUUUUUGGGUGACAAUUCAUAAAGAUUUCUUGUGUAUAUAUAUUGUUUAUAUUCUUUCACUGUCUAUUAUAUUAGUUUCUAACACCUGGUUUCCUUAAAAUUGCUACACUUUCGCUGCAGUGUUUUGAGUGCAGUUGUACUGAGUAGCAGUCCCUGAUGCAAUCGAAAAGGCUCGCAAUUUGACCGAUAAAUAGCGAUUGUAUGGAAACAAGCUUAACUAAACAGUGACAUACAUGGCAACUUAAUUAACAUAGGCUACCGUACAAACAGAUGAUUUACUGAUGUUUUCAUCACAAAAUGCGACAUAUUGUUGAUGACAUCAUAUGAGGAAAUGAUCAAAGUAUGUCAAUUUUUUUUUUUUUUCGUUUUCGUCACAAGUUUUUGAAAUACUUUGAUACUAAUAUUUUAUGAUAGUAUGCUUUUAAAUCAAUUUUUUAACUAUGAAAGUAGGGGGUACAGUGCUGGAAGAAGUAACUUCUGGGAGAGUCUGUAAAAUGGGCUUUCUUAAACCUUCCAAUAUUAUUUUACUGCACAUGACACGAUACCCAUUGGCACUGAGGGAGAUUCUUGCUUGCUUGCAGUAGUGCGGGUGCCAUCCUAAUUUUUUUUUUUUUUUUUUGGUUUUGGGACCAGUGGUGGCUUCUUCAGAAAUUUGAGGACAAGUGGUCCGACAUGUCCGACAGAAGGAUCCAAACCAAGGGGCGACUAGAGCUUCUGGAUCCCAGUCCUUUUAUUUUAGACCUUUGAGGCUCAUUUUUCUCAAAGCCACAUUUUCUUAUACUUAUACCCUCAAUUUUUGGUUCUAUGGUGAGACUUCUUACAUAUGAGAAGACUCCACACAUAACUGAAUGAUCGUCAGUUUGGAUUGACAUUUAUACUUCGUGCAAAUAAUUUUACCUUAAGAAACAUAAGGUCAAAUUAAGACUGCUCUUUUGUGUUGCAGCUAAAACCUAAACUACAAAUGUUUCUUUAGCAUGCAGGCAUGUAGUAAAUUGGUGUUUUGGAAACGAUUUUUUUUAUCUCUAUUACCAUCACCAAAAAAAAAAAAUUUGUUAAUAGAAACAUUUUUACUAUUUUUUUGCAGUAGAAACAGGCCCUUUGAUAAUGAUGAUUUUUGCAUAAAAAAUCAUUGUAAAAAUUCAAAUAAUUGAUAAUAAUAUCAAACAUAUAAAUGAUAAAAUAUUAAUUUCAUGAAAUACUAUUAUUAAUCUAUUAACAACAUGAGAACGUGUCUGUUAUGUAUGUCAUUGUGUAGCCAUGGUGCUGUUAUAUACAGUAGCUUAUUAUCACAGUUGUACUACAUAAUUUUAUAGUGUUAUAUGUAAGAACAUCACAAAUAUACAAUGAAUUUGAUUUAUUUGAGCAAUAAAUUUUUGCAUGAUAACCAAUAUAUUUUCAAUAUAUGUUUAUAUACUUUAUUUUUAUUAAUCCCAUUCUGUCUUUGAGUUUUUAUGUUCAAUGCAAUUGAAAUUUACUACGUAGAAAAAAAAGAGAAAGCAACGAUUUUGAUUUUGUGGCAAUGAAAUUUGUAAUUCAACAAACACAUGUUAUAUUGUGAUGAGGAAAAAAAUCUAUUGAAAAGACAGAAAUAUAAAGAGUAUGCACUUUCAUUAAAAGAUCGAUUGAUUAACUAAAGGUAAUUUUAACUGCCAUAUUCCAUUAAAUUUUUAUUAAUCUUUUAAUCUUUAUUAAUUUAUUGAGGAAGAUUAUUAUAUUAGAUUAAGUUAUUUCCAAGUAAUCUAUUCAUUUAAAUUUCAUUAAGAAAUAUAAAGAGUAUUAAGAAAUACUCACAUAUUAAGAAAUUAUAUAUACGUGGACUGGAUUAGUUUUUCAAAUAUUGUUUAAUGUAAUGUGUUUAUGUUGCUUAAGUUCAUUUAUUGUGUUUCUGUUUUGAAUUUAUAAUUGCAAUUUUAGACAAAAAAUAUAAAGGACAGAUUGAAUAAUUAGUCUCACCAAUGUGCAAUGAUAAAUGCCUAUAUUUGUUACUAAUGAGGAGAAUAUUAUGUGAAUAAAUAUCUAAUUCUAGAAAACUGA